GGCAGCGCUUGUUCCUCCCCUGCCCUCCCCGCCGGGGGUGCGAGGCCGCUGCUGUUCCGCAGCGCAGCGGCCAUGGCGACGGGCCGUGGCAGAUUAAGGACCUUUGCUGCCAGGCCUAGGGAAUGUUCUGAAACUGUAAAUGCUGGAAUUAAAAGUCUGUACUUGACGCCUCCCGUAAAACCGAAACCAAGUGUGCGCAUUGAGAGCAUGCCAUCAGAAAUGCUGCUGAAGAUAUUUUCCUAUUUGGAUGCUGUGUCCCUAUUGGCUGUUGGCUGUGUGAAUAAGCGCUUCCAUGAGCUGGCCAAUGAUAAUGGAAUUUGGCUGAAACUCUAUUCCAGCUCUUUGCACCCAAAACGGACAAUUUGGAAAAUGAAGUCUAAACAAACAGAAACUGUUUCUUUGGGCUGUGCUGCUUUACACGAUAAAGGGCCUGGGUACUGGAAGAAAGAAUACAUCUUCAAAAAAACAUCUGCCUUCAAAACUAGAGUAAUGCGGCUCGUUAAAUUUCUAGAUCCUUAUACAGGUCUUCCAUGUAAAAACAAAGAAGCUAUGAAAGUCUCUGGGUUGAGUUGGAUAAUUGUCUUAAAGGACAAAAAUGGAAAAGAACAUGUAGUAGAGAAGCCAAACCUAUCAUUUAAGGACACAUCUCUUACUGUACUUUGGCAUGGUACAGACUGGCCAUGCUUAGACAUGCUGUCAACCCUGAAGCUAUUUGGAGUUACACCGUUGCUUCCUGACCAAAGCAUACCUCCCAACAGCAAUGGACCUCGUCGAUUUUCCUUGAUUGCUGAAUACCAUCUUGCUAACCUGACUGAAAAUAGUGUAGUGGUUGGUGCUGAUGAGCUUGUCCAGCUCUUCAGUCUGAGUCCAGGACUGUUAGUAGGAAUGUGGAAGGGGAAAAAUGAAAUUGCUUUUGUUAUGGCGAAUCUUCAUUAUAAUCACCUUCUUGAGAGAAGCAUUUUGGGUUCUGCUACUGUUCAAUAUUCUCCUCCACCUAAUAGACCUUUACUGGAUGAUAUUGACUCAGAAUAUGGACUGCAUGACUACAGGCUGCAUCUUGAUCUGCAUGGCAGAAACUGCAUGUACCUGUGUGGAUCCUUCAAGUGCCUCUUCUGCAGAAAACGUGACAUUGAAAAUGGAUACGUGAGGCUCGUAGUUGUAAACUUAAAGGAUAACAGGAAGCACUUGCCUAUUAUUGGGACACUUGGCAUAUGCUGGGAAACAGAUGUAUUUAAAGGCAAUGUAAAGGACUGCUUUGUGAUGGAUCUGACUCUCUUGGAUGAAACUGGAAUGCCUUUCUGGUGUUUUAGUGAUCCAGUCCGCAUGGAAUUGUCUACCAGGUCAUCUGGCCUUUAUGACUACAUGGGUCAUGUCUAUACUGCAGACUAUGCAGAUUCAGAGGGUAAAGUCUGUGUUGAGUUUGUAUGGUUGGAAGAAACCAAGGAAUAUAUUAUUGUCAGUUUGGUGCUUUAUGUAAGCACCAAAAAGGUAAAUAGCUGGUAUGGAACAAACUACUGACCUAAUUAGGUCACUAAUUUCCUUGUUUUGAGAACCAAACAAACAACCCUGCUACAACAAAAAACACAGUAAACUGGUGAUGCUUAAGAUUGACACCAACAAGCAAGACUGUUCCUGCAAGGUUUGCAGUAACAAAUGCAAUUGCCUAAAUUUUUUAAUAGGCAAUUGAGGAAUCAAAGAGACAUAUUGAUAUAAGUGAGAGGUUUUCUUCUCUGUUGAACAUUACAUGGUUAGUCUGUUUCUCACUGGCUAUAUUGAAAGUAUUUUCAGGAAGACUUCUUUAUAGACACUUGUUACUGUGGUUAAGGAAUUGGUUCUUUUGAGAGCCAUGCUGUGAAGAUGCCUUACCUUCCAUAAGCUACACUGGUUUUGAGAACAUUGACUUUUAUGCUUAGUAAUAAAACAGCGUGUGUGCUGUUCCCUCCAGGUUUGUUGGAGUGUAAUUGGUAAAUGAGAAGUUUUGUUAAACGCUUUUACCAGAAAAACUUCACUGAAAUGUAUUUUAGUAAAAGAUUGAAAGGCUAGAUGGGAAGCCAGAUCUGAAAAUGUGUCAGUCAAGGCAUUUGUUAAGAAAGUUGUGUAAAAUCUGUUUAUGGUGUUUCUCUAAAUUCUUGUUUGUUCUGUUUUCCCAUGUUCUAACCUUGUCUGAUUGAGACUAGAUACUUGCCUUACAUACUGGCCUAUGAAUAAGUGUCCCAAUUAUCAGCCAACCUGAGCUGAUGUUUGCUCUUACGGAAUGUAUGGAACAUUCAGUUGUUUUGGAAACAAUGCAUAUCUGAUGCUGUUUAUCUAACAAUAUGAAUCCAUAUAAAAAUUGAA